GAACCCUAACCCGCUAAUACGAAGAUAGGCGAAUAGAGAGAGGCAAGGGCAAAACGACGGAAGUUGAUGGUGACGGCGGCUAGUCGGCGAGGCAGUGGCAGCUAAUCGACAAGGUUGAGGCUGCGACGAGAGGCGAUGGCGGCUAAUCGGCGAGGCAGCAGUUGUGAUGCGAGGCAAUGGCGAGGUUCUUCAAUCUUCAUUCUCACCUAAUCUCUACUAGUUGAUGCUUCAAUUUCUCUUUCUCAUGUGUACACAUAUAUGAUUUCUUGGGUUUGAUGAUCCCAAGUUGAAGCUUGAACCCAUGGAGGCUACUUCUCUCACUGUCAAAUUCCCAGUCAAUCUCAACUCCACCACCCAUGAUGAUCAAGAUGUUCCUACGUUGUCCUAUGAUUAAAAACGAAGGGUCAUCAAUGAGAUGGACUUCUUCGCUGACGAUAAACAACACCACUCCAAAGCGGCAGCCUCCAUCGACGAUGAAAAGGACUUACCCGAACCUGCCCAAUUGAAUUUCAAUGUCAAGCUGCAAGUUUUGAAGGAACAAAUAUUGAUCCAAUGGCAUGGGAGGACAAAAAACCCCUGGGAAUCACGUUUUCCUGCUUAGGCACUCUUCUCUGUUGAAUGUAUUUGAAGAGAUCGAUGCUUAAAAGACAAUCAACAUAUUGCCAUGUGCGACCAAUUCUUCAUCGUUACGAUGGCCCUAAGUUUCACCUUGAACUCAACAUUUAAGAGAGAAAGAGAAAGAGAAAGAGAGAUGGAAUUGAAGAGUUCAACAAUUGUCAAGCUCUUGAUUGUACUACAAUGCCUAUCAGUUGUGUGCUUUGCUCAAGACUUUGAUUUCUUCUACUUUGUUCAACAGUGGCCAGGAUCAUACUGUGACAGGAAGCAAAGUUGUUGCUAUCCGACAACAGGGAAGCCAGCAGCAGAUUUCGGAAUUCAUGGACUUUGGCCCAAUUACAAUGACGGCUCUUACCCUUCCAAUUGCGAUCCUAAUAGCCCUUAUGAUCAAUCCGCGAUAUCGGAUUUGAUCAGCAGAAUGCAAGACAGUUGGCCGACGUUGGCGUGCCCAAGUGGCGAUGGGUCAACCUUUUGGUCACAUGAAUGGGACAAACAUGGAACAUGUUCCGAGUCCGUUCUUGACCAACACUCCUACUUCAAAUCGGCACUCAACCUCAAAUCCAAUAUAGACCUUCUCCAAAUUCUUCAGUCUGCAGGAAUCAACCCAGAUGGAGGAUCAUACAGCUUAAGCAGCAUUAAAGGAGCCAUAAAAAAUGCAAUUGGGUACACUCCUUUUAUAGAAUGCAAUGUUGAUUCAUCUGGGAAUAGCCAGCUGUACCAGGUUUACAUUUGUGUUGACACUUCUGGAUCAAACUUCAUAGAAUGUCCUGUGCUACCUAGAGGCAAAUGUGCUUCCAAUCUUGAGUUUCCUUCCUUCUAGGCUUUGGUUCUAUGCUCUGCUGUUUUUUUUUUUCCUUUUUUCUUCUUUGAAUCCAAUCAUUGGAUUGUAAUCUUUGUCAAUGUAACUAGUUGGAAUUUACUUGUGCAAUAAAAUUUGUCUACAUGGUGUUUCUUCUUUAGUUA